AUGUAUAUUGGUAACAUAUUUAUCUCUUGGUUUUUCAAUGUUGCAUUAGCAGAUACUUAUUAUGUACCAAACAAUUCAGUUUAUGGACUCCAAAGAUAUAUUCCCUCAGAUCAAGAUCUGAAUAUGAAUAAAUUGAGGAUAAGUAGAUAUCUUAUUUCUAUGGAUGAACUCAGGCGUAUUAAUUCCUGUUUCAUUCCUCCAAUUCAACAUUACACAUGGUACGCCUCAAUAGUUUAUUUUAAGAGAUAUAAAUUAAUAUAUAGAAUAUAUAAACAAUGCAGUAUUGCUCGAAUAAAAGUAAUAUGUAGGGAGUUUCAAAACUUUUUGAAAUGCCCCAUAGAUCCAACUAAUAAAGAAGUUCAGAUUAUUCCUCAUGGAAAGGAGGCAUCUACAGUUUUUGCUGUAGUAGAUGGCUCUAACUCAGAUGGAAAUAAAAAACUGAAUUUUGAAUUAUUUAAAGGUUGUGUUUAUGAGAUUGGAAAUAGAUCUGCACUUAGAGUGCGUUGUUUAAGAUCAAAUAAAAUUAAGACAUUUCCAACAAAGGUUGUAAUUAAAGUUGACGGACGUACUAGUGACUUUCUAUAUCACUUCAACCACGAGCUUAUAGUAUAUUCGAGACUUUCUUCUAGUACUUAUGGCUCUGAACAACUUCGAUUGCAUCCAUCGAUUUAUAGUUUGUUUUUAACUCCUAAACGUAUUCCUAUUGCUAAGGAUAUAUUAAUGAUGGAGCAUAUCACUGGUCCUUCUCUUUUAUCUAUAUUAUCAAAGUUGAAUAGUUAUCCGGAUGUCUUGCAGUAUCUGAAAGUUCAAAUAGAACACUUAGUUAAUCAGAAUAUAAAGAAAUAUCAGGUUUCAAUAUUAUCCAACGAUUCUGGCACUGAAUUUGCAGGUAAUUUUGACCAAAGUAGUAUUAAAUUAAAUAUAUCCCAAGCUUUACAGGAUGAUAUAAAUAAAUUUAUAUCAGAGUAUGUAGAAAAUACGUUAUUAUUUACUAUUAAAAUAUAUAGGAAAUUGCUAUACCUUUCAGAUAUGUUCCAUAGAGGUGGUACUUCAUUUUAUCCUAUAAAUGUAAAGGGAAAAGAGAGAGGUUCUUGGAAACGUCAACGCUCGAUAAGAUUGCAUUGUGAUUUCCAUGCAGGAAAUAUACUAGUAAAGCUAUCUAGUGAGUUUUUUUCCGAAACUGAUAAUCAACAUAAUUUGACCCAAAGUGAUAUGCUUAAUAUUAAACUUUAUGAUAAUUUAAAGAUAAUCGAUUUGGAAGAUGCAGUGGAGAUAAAAGAGAGUGACUUACCAAUUUCUUUAGACAAAUUUAUUGGUAUCCGACCUUGUCCUAUAUAUAUUACUGAUGCAGAUACCUUUUUAGGAAGAUUACUAUCAAACAUGGUUUCUAUCAUUAAUGUUCUAAAUCGUUCGAUUAAAUCACUUAACAAACUUCUUCAAAUAAAGGAUAUGACAAAGUAUGACUUUGGGGAUAAUUACGUAUAUAGCUUGGUUAAAGGGGAACUAGGAAACUUAGAAAAAAAGACUUUUUCUAUACACGAUUCAAUUUUCAAACUAAUUGAUGCAAGUUUGGCUAGCUGGUUAAGGUUUGUUCAUAUGGUUACAGAUGAUGAGAUAACAAGACCUUGUACAAUAUACUAUCAUUCCAAAUAUGGUUCUAAUCAGAUAACUUCACCACUCCCAUGUUCAUGGCUAUCUAAUAUUUUGAUGCCAAAGAUAGCUUGUAAAUACUUGGAUAAGAGUUUUUUUCUAGAAAAGGAAAUAUCUCAAUUAAACAGUAACGCAUUUCCAAAUAGUGGAUUGAGUGAAGAUCAAGUGGAGUAUCUAAAGCGCAUAUAUAAAUUAUCAUUAGAAACAAAGUGUCACAUAGAUGAUAAAGAAGCAAUGAAUAUAACUAUUGAAAAUAUAUCCGAACCUAAACAGCAGUUUGUUGAUUCUAUCAAGACAUUGAAUUCAACUAAUUGGGGUGAGUGGAGUAAACUUAUUGAAGUUGCUCAAAAAGAAGAGAAUAUACUAAAAAAAGAAGAUAAGCUAGAGGGAAAUAGUAAACAAUCUAUCUUUACAUCUAGUAUUUUUGAUAGUAAUCCAAUUUUUUCUAAAGUUGAGAUGCAGUUAAGUAAUUAUAAUUCAUUUGAGAACCUUUAUUUAACGAAACUUAAUGUAAAUAUUCCAGUUGAAUUUGAUGCUGCUUUAAUUGAGUUAAUGGGCCUGGCUGCAAUGCAGAGGAUAAUUAGAUUGUGUUUUCACCUGAAAGAUUUUCUGGAAUGUCGUAGGGUAUCACCCUCUUCAAUUACUCGGGAUGGACCAAUCGCUUCAUUUAUUGUAAAGCUAACUCAAUUUAAACUAGGUAAACUAGACAAAAAAAAGGAUAUGAAUUUAAUUGGAUCUUGCUUUAUAAAUAAUAUUUCAAUGCCUUUAAUUGGCUCGAACAUAACCUUGUCUGGUUGGAUAUGUCCUCAAUUACCUACUAUUAAUAGUAGCCGAUAUUUAAGAUUAGUUGUAGAUGGGCGACUUUUUCUGGAUGUAAACUCUACAAUAUACAAUGAAGGUAAAGCAUCUAAAUUUGUAUUUAAUGAUAUACUUGGGUAUAUGCACUUAAAAGAUAACAUCACUAUGACGGCUGAGCAUAAUGAAGCAGUCAUUCAACUGCUGCAGCAACAUAGACAAAACGCUUUAAAGUUCUGGAAAGCUGAGUCCUUACUUAGAAAUUUCCCCAAUGAAUCUCAACAAGAGAAUGAUACCAAAAUAUUAUCAAAACUACUUAUUUUUAUUCCAUCUACAAAUCCUUCUGAUUUUAAUAUUGUUCUUAACUCCUUAAAUAAAUCGAGCAAUAAAAGUGAAGUAUACACUCAUUUUCCUUUACCAAAAGUUCAGUAUCACUUUUCUUCAAAGAUUAGCAGCAUUGUCCAAUUAGGAUCAAUUACAGACUAUGCAUUCUUUUGUGAAAAUAUCUCGAGGAAUAGUGUUGCAAGUUUACUGAGGAGCAUUUCAAAUUUUUCUGGUAAUUUAGAUGCACUAAUCUGGAUAUCAUAUUCUACUCUUAUAUUAGCAAUUGUUGAGAAGCUUAUAAAAUGUCAUAGUCUUCAAAUGCUAAUUGCACAUAAUGUUCUUCAAUUUAUUGAAAAGUUUCGUGAAUAUCGCUAUCCUGAUAUAAUAUUAAGGCACUCUGAAGAUAAAUUUGCAAGAAAAAGUCUCGGAGUUUCUAUUGAUGUGAGCUAUUCUGAACGUCGACCUGUGAUUUGUAACUUAUCUCUUCAGAAGUUGAUGUUAAAAGCUAAUAUUGGUUUUGAAUGGCUUAAUAAUUUGGCUUUAUUGCAAUCACUUUCACUUAAAGAUCUUGAGGGCAUUUAUUUCGUUGAUAAGAAUGACAUGAAAAAUCGACCUUGUAUAUACAAAAUUGGUGAUAUUGAAGUCAUACUACGAGAUUUACUUUUUCCUUCAUUGGAUCCAGUUGCAACUUUGGUGAAAGCUAUUGGAGAAACAUCUAUACUAAAUUCUCACUUACCCGUUGAACUUAGAAGGUCAAGAUGGCUAAUACAUAACGUGAUGUUGCAGUUAGUAAACUUCAUUAAUAGGAAAAGAGAAGAGAAAGUAAUGGAGCACAAAAUCCCAAUAUUAAUAUCAAGUUUGAUGGAUAUACUUUCUUUAAAGGAUAAACUUUUAUCAAAUAAUACAUUUAUUCGUUGUUAUCAGAGUUCAAUUGAUGAAAGUGAAAAGGAGAUUUGUUUGUAUAAGGACUAUGAAACUAUUACAUCUGAAGCUAUACUCAAUUUAAAAGAGAUGUUCAAGGAACAGUACUUAAAAUAUAAGCAGUUUUCUGCCCUAGAUAUCACUCAGGAAUUUUUAAGAUAUUUUGAAGAAGAGUUUCAAAAUAUUGCCCCCCCAUUAACAUCACCCCCUGAUGGAGGUCUGGGUUGGGAAUCUAAUGUUAUUGAUGAUAAAUUAUACCAAGUGGGAUUAGGUAGAGAUUCAAAUUUGAAUGUAGAGACAAUAGCACUCACUUCAAGGUGGCCUAUUAUAGCUGAUAUAUGGCAUUAUAUAGAGUAG